AUGCUCAAACGACCGUCGGCUACGAGGCCCAGAGCCAGUUUCCGAGCCAUUCUCGCUGACGGUCCUAGGGUCGGCAAAGACAUUGAUGCUCUCGGUGCUGGGUUGGCGAUUGUGGUCGAGGUCACGCGGGCCACCAUCGCCCAUCCCUCCAUAGCCGCCCUGUCGGACUGGGAACCGUCCGCUGCCGAUGCUGGAGCCGUUGCUGCUACGCAUGCCUCGGAGCGGGGCCACCUGCGAUCUGUUUGUGCCGGCACUGACGGGCCGGUCACUGAACGGGUUUCUAUCAGAGUUAUACGACACUGGCCGGCGGGAGUCAUUGAGGUCGAUAGUCUCGAACUGGCCGGAUGCGCGGUUGAGCGCCCCGAUAUGGGCAGCGUCUCUUCUGUCUUCUUCUUGCGGCGCAGGCAGAAGCAAACCCCGAGACCCAGCAAUAUCAAGAAGAUGAGGCCACCCACGACACCCCCAAUGAUGGAUAACUUGGAAGCAUUGCCGUCCCCGCCGCUUGAUACUCCGCUGGUGACGGGCCUUGACGUUGCUGUUGCCGUUGCCGUCUCCGUCGUGGUGUCGGAAGAAGUGCUGCUCGGUGCCGAAGGGCUCGUUGAGGUAGAUGAUGGAAUUGAAAUGCUGGUGGGAGGCCGCGGCUGGGGUGCUGCGCUUUGA